AUGGCGAAGCCGGGAGACCGCGUGAAUGCCGCCCUGGCCAAGUGGGGCUACACGCUGAUCAGGAAAGUCGGCGAGGGGUCGUUCGGGUCCGCGGUGUUGGUGCAGCACGCGUCCGAGAAGGACAAAGGCACGAAUGCUAUCGUCAAGAUGAUCGACAUCAGCAGGGCCACCAGGCAAGAGAAGGAUGAUGCCGUUAAGGAAAGCAAGGUCCUUGCCUCCUUGAAGCACCCCUACAUCGUGAGGUAUCGGGAGACUUUCCACGAGGACGAUUGGUUGUGCAUCGUCAUGGACUACUGCGAGGGCGGCGACCUGUCCGACCGCAUCAAGAAGAUGAGGCAGUCGGGCAAGAGCUUCCCGCAGGAGCAGGUAUUGCGGUGGUUCACGCAGUGUGUCUUGGCCUUGAAGUACAUUCACGACCGGCACAUCCUGCACCGCGACCUCAAGUCGGGCAAUUUCUUCCUUUCCAAAAGCGGCAACAUCAAGAUGGGCGACUUCGGUAUCGCCAAGGUUCUCGAGUGCACCGCGGCCUGCGCGCAGACGCAGAUCGGCACGCCGUACUACCUCAGCCCCGAGAUCUGCCAGGGGAAGCCAUACGCCUGGGGCUCCGACAUCUGGUCAAUGGGCUGCAUUUUGUUCGAGAUGUGUGCCAAGAAGGUGCCCUUCGACGCACCAGACCUGAAGAGCCUGAUACAGAGGAAGCUCGGCACGUUCACCAUCCGAGUGUCAAAUGGGCGGACUACGUGCCCCCCCUCGGGGCGGGCUUCGACGAGCUGA